AUGCGAUACGUGCAAGGGACUCGAAACUUAGGAAUCGUGUUUGACAAUAAAUCUAAAUCGCUGGAGUUGUUCGGCUUCAGUGAUGCUGACUGGGCCGGUUGUUCAGACUCUCGCAAGUCGACCAGCGGAUAUGUUUUCAAGUUCUGCGGUGGAGCGAUCAGUUGGAGUUCCCGGAAACAGACUGUGGUUGCAACUUCGACGUGUGAGGCUGAGUACAUUGCAUUAUGUGAAGCGUGUAAGGAGGCGACUUGGUUGCGUCAAGUGGUUGCUGAUGUUCAUGGACUUGAUUCUGAUCCCACCAUUGUGAUGGGGUGUGACAAUGCAGGGACUAUUUCGUAUGCACAGAAUGAAUCGGUCAACCGUCGUAACAAACAUGUUGAUGUGAAAUACCACUAUGUACGAGAUGCAAUUAAGAGAAACGUCAUUUCUUUGUCACAUUGCCGGACCACUUCCAUGCCUGCAGAUAUCCUGACGAAAGCACUUGGGCGAGUUCUGUUCCAGAAGUUUGUAGAACUUCUAGGGCUUGCAGUGGCUACUUCUGGUAAAAGCAUGUGA